AUGGUUUGGAGACAAGAAAAUCUAUAUCAGGUGGAGCUAUGUGAUCAGAGAGCUCAUGCACAAACAAUACUUCCAGAAUUUCACAAAGGGGAGGUUUUUGUACCCUUGUAUCAGCUGAGACCAAAAGAAUUUGCUGGACUUGCACACCAGAGUUCUCCUACAACAGAGGAUAAAGACAUUGAUGCAGCUGUUUCCAGUAUCAUCUCAGCUAAAUUUGCCGAGAAAAUGGCCGUAGAGCGGGUAACACACCACUUGUUGCAAGGAAAGAAGUUUCUCCAAAUCCAGGUUUCCAUGCCCCCAGACAUCUUGAUUCGGUAAAUCCAGUAACCGAUCGUGGUGAUUUGAUGCUGUCCAGACUAGUUUGUUUUCAGGUUCUUAAAGCAAUUGUUCUCAUUCCAGGGAUGCAAUGGACAUGGCAAAGGAAGCAGAAGAAGAGAUUUACUUUUUUGUAUUUGUGUUUUACCUAUUUGAUACUACCAAUUAAUAUGUAUUACUUGUUUCAUCUUUCCUUUGUUUCAGGCAUGCAAAUAUUAAUUGUUGGGUAAACACGUCUUGGUUUGGAGACAAGAAAAUCUAUAUCAGGUGGAGCUAUGUGAUCAGAGAGCUCAUGCACAAACAAUACUUCCAGAAUUUCACAAAGGGGAGGUUUUUGUACCCUUGUAUCAGGUUUGUUCGCAUUUGUUGACAAGCUUCUCAGUUAAAACUUCAUAUAUAGAAACCCAUUCAGUA